AUGGCUGCUUACACUUGUUCUGCCACCGACCUCCACCCUCUUCUUGGCGGCGGCGCCAACGCCACCGCUGCUGCAGAAUACAUCUGCGGCCGUUUUGAGGCUAUUUCAAACAAGUUUGUGGACACCACUUAUGCUGUUGACAACACUUUUCUUCUCUUCUCUGCUUACCUUGUAUUCGCCAUGCAACUUGGCUUUGCCAUGCUUUGUGCUGGUUCUGUACGUGCCAAGAACACCAUGAACAUUAUGCUGACGAAUGUCCUGGAUGCCGCCACCGGUGGCAUCUUCUUCUACGUGUUUGGCUUUGCCUUUGCUUUUGGCACCCCUUCCAACGGUUUCAUUGGGAAACACUUCUUUGGUCUCGAUAAGAUUCCGUCGUCGGGUUUUGACUACGGGUACUUUCUCUUUCAAUGGGCUUUUGCCAUUGCUGCUGCGGGGAUUACAAGUGGUUCCAUCGCGGAGAGAACACAGUUUGUGGCUUAUUUGAUUUACUCGUCGGUUUUGACUGGUUUGGUGUACCCUAUUGUGGCGCAUUGGUUUUGGUGUUCUGAUGGGUGGGGUAGUGCUGCGAGAGGGGAGGGUUUGUUGUUUGGAUCAGGGGUUAUUGAUUUUGCUGGGUCUGGUGUUGUUCAUUUGGUUGGUGCUGUUGCUGGGUUAUGGGGUGCUGUGAUUGAAGGCCCUAGAAUUGGGAGGUUUGAUCAUAGUGGAAAGGCUGUGCCAAUGAAAGGACACAGUGGAACGUUGGUUAUUUUGGGGACGUUCUUGUUGUGGUUUGGUUGGUAUGGUUUCAACCCUGGUUCGUUUCUGAAUAUUUUGAAGGCUUAUGGAGAGAGUGGUUCUUAUUAUGGACAAUGGAGUGCUGUUGGGAGAACUGCAGUGACCACAACUCUUGCUGGAUGUUCAGCAGCACUGACAACACUGUUUGCGAAACGUAUGCAAACGGGACAUUGGAAUGUGACUGAUGUGUGCAAUGGUUUGCUUGGAGGGUUUGCUGCUGUUACUGGAGGGUGUGCAGUGGUGGAUCCUUGGGCGGCGAUCAUAUGUGGGUUUGUAGCUGCUUGGGUGCUGAUUGGUUUCAACAUGCUUGCUGAGAAGUUGAAGUAUGAUGACCCUCUUGAAGCUGCACAACUUCAUGGCGGGUGUGGCACAUGGGGGAUUAUCUUCACUGCUUUGUUUGCUAAGAAGGAGUAUGUGAAUGAGGUUUAUCCAGGGCUACCUAGUAGACCUUAUGGGUUGUUCAUGGGAGGAGGUGCAAGGUUGUUGGCUGCACAUGUUGUUCAGAUUUUGUCCAUCAUUGCUUGGGUGAGUGUCACAAUGGGAACAGUGUUCUUUGUGCUGUUGAAACUGGACCUGCUGAGGAUAUCACAUGAUGAGGAGAUGGCGGGGUUGGAUUUAACCAGCCAUGGAGGAAUGGCAUAUGAGUAUAACGAAAAGAAUGGAAGGAAUCCGGUAUUUGAAGCAACUGUUUGAUCUGUUUUUAAAUAGAAAACAAUAAUAUUCUCUCGAGUCACUGCAUAGAAACACCUUAUGUGCUUCCUCACUAUACAGACGGUAAAAUACUAAACUAUUAUGGAUCAAUGCUACAUAGCUACUGUCUGAAUCACCGAUAUACCCUUUUCCAAGACAGUAAUGUAUAAUCAGUUUCGGGUAUUUAUAUGUUUGUGUUUGUGUUUCUCUGUUCAAUAGGUUUGCAUCA